AUAAGCUACCCGCUCUGAUCGAAAACGGGGUUAAUUCUCUGUGGAUUCUCAGAAAGGUGUAGCUAGAGGACUACAUACAUCAUGGUAGCGACAUUUUUCUUCUUUCGUUCUCUAUACGCCUUGAUAAACGUUUCCGCCUCUUACAACACGAACCUAUACCUAUUGGAGCAACGAGAAUUUAUUUUAGCCAAUCCUUCAGACGGCCAAAAUCGUAUCUUGGGUUCGCAGAUGGGCAUCGCCUUGGAGCAGAUUAUGCUGAUUGCAAUUUGGGGCGUCAAGACUUGCAUCUGGCUGUUUCUGAGACGUCUAUGCCGUCAACUGCCUCGCCAUGUUCUGGAUUUCACGACCGCCUCCCGGGCGCAAGCUGCUUCUCUCAACUGUCUUCUCCAUGGCCAUCUUCACCGUCGUCGCCGCCAUCCUAAACAAGUAAGUUGGCCCUCACCGCCGAGCGAAGCCGUCUCAGCUAGCAUGGAUGGGAGUCAGGGGUGAGUUGUUUGGGAUUUUCCCGAUUGCGCUUCUCCCCUUUAUUCAGACCCUCUUCGCCCCCACGUAAUGAGCUCGAUUGAUGGAAGGGGGAUAGGUAAGGAAGCUAGCCGCUUACCCCGGGGCACGUGUCUAGCGAAGCGACAGCACCCCCAAAUCAAAUUUAUAUAAAAAUAUCGAUAAAGACCAAAACAAAUCCAAAAACCCUCCG